AUGGAGGACAUUCUCAUGGAUCAAGACUUUUGGUCCUUGAACGAGUCAUUAAAGAACUCCAGCGUCGAAAACAGCACGUACGGUGUGAACCAGACGGCGAAUCUCCUGAUGAGAAAUGAAGAAGUGGCCAAAGUCGAAGUCAGCGUGCUGGCGCUGGUGCUGUUCCUGGCGCUCGCUGGGAACCUGUGCGUCCUCAUCGCUAUCCACACAACCAAGCACAGUCAGUCCCGCAUGUAUUACUUCAUGAAGCAUCUGAGCAUCGCAGACCUCGUGGUUGCCGUGUUCCAGGUUCUCCCUCAACUCAUCUGGGACAUCACUUUUCGGUUUUAUGGACCAGACCUGCUUUGCCGAUUGGUGAAAUAUUUGCAAACCGUUGGGAUGUUCGCAUCCACCUACAUGUUGGUACUGAUGUCUAUAGACAGAUGUAUGGCGAUCUGUCAGCCCCUUCGUUCCUUACACAGACGAAAGGAUCGUUGUUAUGUGAUUGUUUCGUGGGCACUAAGCUUACUUUUAAGCAUCCCACAAGUUUAUAUAUUCUCCUUAAGGGAGAUGGGUGAUGGAGUAUAUGACUGCUGGGGAGAUUUCGUGCAGCCUUGGGGAGCCAAAGCCUACAUUACUUGGAUUAGUUUGACGAUAUAUAUCAUUCCGGUGGCCAUCCUGAGUGUCUGCUACGGAAUGAUAAGCUUUAAAAUAUGGCAAAACUUUAAAAGGAAAACUAAGAGGGGUCAGUGUAUCACUCUCACACCUACUGCAUCCAAAUGCCACGCGGUCGCGCGGGUCAGCAGCGUCAAGCUCAUUUCCAAAGCCAAGAUCACCACGGUUAAAAUGACUUUUGUUAUUGUCGUGGCUUAUAUAGUGUGCUGGACACCGUUUUUCUCCGUGCAGAUGUGGUCUGCUUGGGAUCCAGAAGCACCGAGAGAAGCAAUGCCGUUUAUCAUCUCCAUGUUACUGGCCAGUCUAAACAGUUGCUGUAACCCUUGGAUCUACAUGUUUUUCGCUGGACAUCUAUUCCACGACCUAAAGCAGAAUCUGUUCUGCUGCUCCACAUUCUAUCUGAAGUCCUCUCAAAGCCGAUAUGAUCCAGAGCACGAGUCCCGUAAGAGCAACUCCUCCACCUACGUGAUCAAAAGUACCAGCAGCCAAAGGAGCAUUACUCAGACGUCUGUCACAUAAGCCAGAUAUACCUCUGAACCGUUUCUGACACUUCUGAAAGCCAGAUAAAGGAAUCCCCAAAUAGAAACUGACAAGAGAAGACUUUAAUUGAAGCUGCAUUUCACAAUCAAUUUGCUUCAGUCGUUGUGAAUACUUUUGGGAAUUAUCUCACAUAAUUUGUUGAAACAUGUCCAGAUGAAUCCAAAGUGACAAAAUCAUCAAGAGUAAAUACUUCCAUAUCUUAAUGUAUUAUCCUUUUAGACAUUACAGCAGGACAUUUGUGCGAUAUAAAAAAAAGUUCAGGUUCAGGUGAACCAGAAAAUGUAUAACUGAAACAUAUUCCAGCGCUUUGGUUUGUAUUACAGAAAUCGCCCGGAGAAGUCAGAUUCUCCAGUUGGUUACAGUGCAUAAGUGAAAAGUUCAUAACUGAAGAGGAAACUUCACAGGCCCUGGGAAAACAAUUUUGGGUAGAGAACCUUUGCGGCAGACCCCCACUUCAUCACAGGGCAUGAGACAAUGUUCCCAGUUCCCAAUGUUCCCAGUUUCCUCCGGCGAUGGCUCUGCAGGAUCAUAUUACUGUAUAAUGAUACUGGGAACUCUUGGUCAGUGUGCAGAACAAUGCACAUGUGGAUUUA